AUGGGGAGCUCAAUGGAGGAGAAAGUGGUCGCUGUGAUCAUGGUCGGUGGUCCGACCAAAGGUACUCGAUUUCGACCAUUGUCCCUGAAUAUUCCAAAGCCUCUGUUUCCUAUUGCGGGACAACCAAUGGUGCAUCAUCCGAUUUCAGCUUGUAAAAGGAUUCCAAAUUUAGCUCAAGUAUAUCUUGUUGGCUUCUAUGAGGAAAGGGAAUUUGCACUUUAUGUCUCUUCCAUCUCUAAUGAACUCAAAGUUCCUGUCAGAUAUCUGCGAGAAGACAAGCCACAUGGUUCAGCUGGUGGGCUGUAUCACUUUAGAAAUCUAAUCAUGGAAGAUAGCCCGUCUCAUAUCUUCCUGCUUAACUGUGACGUUUGCUGCAGUUUCCCAUUGCCGGAAAUGCUCGAGGCUCACAGGGCGUAUGGUGGAAUUGGAACUCUUCUUGUGAUCAAGGUCUCUCCUGAAUCAGCAAGUCAAUUUGGAGAAUUGGUUGCAGAUCCAGUUACUAAUGAGCUGCUUCAUUACACUGAGAAACCCGAAACCUUUGUCAGUGACCGAAUUAACUGUGGUGUUUAUGUAUUCACACCUGACAUUUUUACUGCCAUAAGAGAUGUUUCCUCUCAAAGAAAAGAUACAGCAACUCUGAGACGUGUUUCCAGCUUCGAAGCUCUUCAACCGGCAACAAGGAUUCCGGCAGAUUUUGUAAGACUGGAUCAAGACAUCCUUUCACCUCUAGCUGGGAAGAAACAGCUAUAUACUUAUGAGACUAUGGAUUUCUGGGAGCAAAUUAAAUCUCCUGGUAUGUCGCUGAGGUGCUCGGGACUCUAUCUUUCCCAAUUCCGGUUGACCUGUCCUCAAGUGUUGGCUAGUGGUGAUGGAACAAAGAGUGCCAUAGUGAUUGGUGAUGUUUACAUUCAUCCUUCUGCAAAAGUACACCCAACUGCAAAGAUUGGUCCCAACGUCUCAAUCUCUGCAAAUGCUCGUGUUGGACCGGGUGUCAGGCUUAUCAGCUGUAUCAUCCUUGACGACGUUGAGAUCAUGGAAAAUGCAGUGGUGACAAAUGCAAUCGUUGGCUGGAAAUCGUCUAUUGGGAGAUGGUCCCGUGUCCAGGCAUGUUUCUCUCUUCUGCUAGCUGAGGGAGUCUACAACUCCAAACUCGGAGUUACAAUUCUCGGAGACUCGGUUGCAGUUGAAGACGAGGUUGUGGUGACCAGCAGUAUUGUUCUUCCAAACAAGACACUCAACAUCAGUGUUCAAGACGAAAUCAUCUUGUAA